UGCAAAGCCAGGAUCGCACACAGCCAACAGGCUGGACUUCCCACUCGCAUCAGGGUGUGCUCUAAUGAACGCUGGGCUCUUUUUAUUGGGGGCCAGGCGGGACUUUCCCUGCCAGCGCUUCAGUUUAAUUUGUCCUCGCUUUGGCUGGUGCAUCAGACGCUCUGCUCCCAUUCGGAUUUUACGGACGCGUCGCAGAAGAAAUGAGAACGAGAGUCCUUUGUGUCAUUUUCUUGUCUCGGACAGAAAGCAGCAGGUGCGACACUUGCAAAUUGUUAGAAAUUUUCAAAUAGUUUGGCAGUUGUUACUCCUGGCGACGCCGUGAAGGUGCAGUCAGUGCCAAAAUGUUUCCGCAACUUUCCUGGUGGCGCGCCUGUUCCUCGGUUUCAGCGCCAGGACUGUGGGGUGUUUGCGUGCCGCUGGAUUUACGGCGCUUCCAACUAUUUACUGGAUUGUAAUAGAGGAAAGUAACCUGUUAACAAUAAAAUCGGUUUGUACUAAUAAACGUCACUUUUGUUCUCAGAAUCAUUAUUUAAAAUCGCAAGGAAGGCGAAAGUUGUAACAGUUGGUUUUUCGUUGGAUGCGCAUUUGGGCGCGACAACAUCCCGAGCAGAGCGCAGAGAUGCCACAGAGGAUCCACGUCCUGCUGCUUCUGCUGCUGCACCUGGCGGCGCUGCUGCCGUCGGUGUGUCAGCCGACAGCAGCGAGCCGGGUGAGAAAGAAGACCGUCAGGACGCGGUCCUGCCUGGACCUGCCGGAGGAGAUUUUGGAGCAGAUGUUCGGACGGCUCUCGGUGGGAGUGAUGAGCGCUUUCCAUCACGCUCUGCAGCUGGAGCCGCAGGACAAACUUAAUCUUACCUGCCCCACGACCUCACGGAUCCCGACCGACCGCAAGACCCGCCUCCCGGUCAACCUGCUCAGCAUCUCCCCCUGGGCCUACAGGAUCUCAUAUGACCCAAAGAGAUAUCCCCGCUACAUCCCUGAGGCCUACUGCCUGUGCAAGGGCUGCCUGAUUGGAUCGUAUGGCGAGGAGAGCACCCAGUACCGCAGCACCCUGGUCUACGCUCCCUCCGUCAUCCUGAGGAGAACAGGUUCCUGUGUCGGUGGCCGCCACUCUUACACGGAGAUCUACGUCUCCAUAGCUGUGGGAUGCACCUGUGUGCCGCUGCUGGAGAAGGGGCGGAAGCCCCAGAAGAGCAACCAGAUCCUGCAGAGGAGAGAGCCUAAAGCCAGGCAGCUCUUCAGUGCAAGAAAGGAAGCAUGAAGGAAGCGGGACUGCAGAUACGUUUUUCUGCACCUGAUUCACACUGUGACAUUUGAAACAUUUUCUGAAAUGAAAGCUCCUGGAACUGUUCUUUAACAAGAACCUUUUAUUUUCUGGUUU